GGUUUGUCUUUUCCUUCUUAAAAACAAGCUGAACCUUUCUGAAUCUGCUCUGUUUCUACUUCCUAAAAGAUGUACAAGGGGAUGAUUCAUAGUCUUGAAAGAAAAGAUGCCUCCAGUCAAUUCUUAAACAAAUUGUUUUCAAGCAUCUAAUUCAUGCAUAAUCCUGAGCUGGUAAGGGAUGCAAAGAGGUAAAAUGUAUUAUAAAGUCACUGAGUGGUUGUGUGAGGGCAGUGUAGUGCUAAUGCGGAUAGAAAAUAAAUAUGAGAACAUCAGAGUACAGUAUGGUUUCAUGGUAGGCUGAAAACUUGAAUUGAUCUUUGAAGAAUAAGGAAAUUUUAAAUAAGAGGAGGAAAUGAGGAAGAACACCCCAGAUGGGAAGAAAAUUGCGUGUACAGUGAGAAUGAGCGUGGUUAUGCGGUGAGAAAAAAGAGGCUUAUGUAACCCUGGAAUGGACAAGAAAUUGCAAUAGAUGGCUGCAGAAUAAAAUAUUUUAAAUAAAGUUAAGUAAACCCAGGGAUUGACUGUAAUCCACUGGGAAAUGUUUCCCCAGGUUUAUAGAUGAGAACUAAGUUCAAUCAAUCUCAGAAACGUGCUUAAACUCCCUUGCUGAAAUCAUGUAACUCUUUUAUUCUUCUACAUUACAGUCUUGGUGACCACUCAAUGAAGAGAGAAAACCACACUUUCAUCCUUGAAUUUGUUUUCCAAGGUUUUUCCAGGUUCUGUGAGCACCAACUCACCCUCUUUUUGGUGUUUCUUACAUUGUACAUCUUAACCCUGGCAGGCAAUAUCAUCAUUGUGACCAUUAUCCAGAUUGAUCCUCAUCUUCACACCCCCAUGUAUUUCUUCCUGGGCAUGCUGUCCACUUCAGAGACUGUAUAUACACUAGUCAUUCUCCCAAGGAUGCUUUCCAGCCUCGUGGGUAUGAGCCAGUCCAUCUCAUUAGCAGGUUGUGCCACGCUGAUGUUCUUUUUUGUAACCUUUGGCAUCACUAACUGCUUCCUGCUCACAGCAAUGGGAUAUAACCGCUAUGUGGCCACCUGCAAUCCCCUGAGGUACACAGUUAGCAUGAACAAGAGGAUGUGUGCCCAGUUGGUAUGGGGGGCAUGCAGCAUUGGGAUGAUUGUAGCAAUGACACAGGUGACAUCUGUAUUCAGGUUACCUUUCUGUGCUACAAAGGUGGCCCAUUUCUUCUGUGACAUCCGACCUGUGAUGAAGCUCUCCUGCAUUGACACCACCAUCAAUGAGAUCCUGACUUUUAUCAUCAGUAUUUUGGUACUUGUCGUACCUAUGGGUCUAGUUUUCAUCUCUUAUGUCCUCAUUAUCUCUACAAUCCUCAAGAUUGCUUCAGUCGAGGGCCAGAAGAAGGCCUUUGCCACCUGUGCCUCCCACCUCACUGUGGUCAUUGUCCACUAUGGCUGCGUCUCCAUUGCCUACCUCAAGCCCAAGUCAGAGAACACCAGAGAUCAGGAUCACUUGAUUUCAGUGACUUACACUGUCAUCACCCCCCUACUGAACCCUGUGGUAUAUACCCUGAGGAAUAAAGAGGUCAAGGAUGCUCUGUGCAGGGCUAUUGGUAGAAAAUUCUUCUGA